AUGAAAAGCACGGUAACGAUGGCAGCCUCUGUGCGAUGCACGCACCGAAUCCGUGCCCCGUUGGACCAUCUCAUCAUGCGCCCUUCAGAUAUGGAUCAGGUGGUGACAUCUAUCGGCACUACAGACGCCGCUAUCGUUACAUGGUACAUGCCACUGGCCAAUCUUCAGCAUAUUCUUCAUAGACGCUAUGAGGCGGAGCAGUUUGGAGAAAUUAUCAUUCCUCCCGUCACCACCCAAGAUCCCACCACAUCCGCCGAUGAACAGAACAACAACCCUCUUGGCUUUGUUACGCUUGUUGCUGGGAGGAAUUAUCCGCAAAAGCAAACGUGGCUUGAGCGCGUAUUUGACCCCGCACCGCAUUCGACACUGAGUCUCCGUGUGGCAGUGAUGGACCGUGUCCACUGGCAGCGAACAUCGUGGAUGGCAAACUCGAUCUGCCGCAGCAUAUGCUGGGGGCGCCUACCGCAAAAGAUGUUCUCUAUUAAUUUAGACUGGAAAAAUGCAGUCCAUAUCGACGCUGACUUCGAUGUGGACGCGGACAGGUACAAUGCACCAUACAGUGUGCAUGUACCGGGUUUGGGUUUCCAACUUACAUUGCGCGAUACCGGCCGCACUGUGCUCGACCGCGAGACCCCUACGGUUGACGGGUUUUUAGAUAAUGAAAGUGCCCUACACCGUCUAGCACUCGCACGGGAGGUGAACAUGCAGGGGUUAGGCGGUUGCGUGUACCGCCAAACGCUGUGGAGUGCACCGUCACUUCCCAACACAGCAAAGGUGAUGCAAUUUCAGCCGGGAGAAUUGUUCAAGCGGUGUUUUGGAGUUGAUCCGCCGGCACACGUGGAGCCAGUGGCUGCGUGGCUUGUGCAUGAGGUGGAGCAAACACUUGUGUACAAAAUGGAAGGCGAGGUGGAGGAUGAGAACGAGCCAAAUAGUGCGACAACGUACGGUGACCGUUCUCUCACUGAGCGUGUGCAGAAAAAAGCAAUGAACCGAUACAAUGGGUUCCGUGACGAGGUACGUGGCAAGGUGUAUAGUGAACUGGAUGGAAAGGAAUUGCCGCGCUAG